UAGUCGUCGGAGUUGCAGAGGUCUGAACCAUCAACUUCUCAUUAACACAAAGCUCUAUAUACACACACACGUAUAUAUGCCCUAGUCAUCAACAACUCUCUCUCUCUCUCUCUCGCUCUGCACAUUGACGUAGCAAAAAUGGCGCACGGUGGCUACGGAAAGCGCAGGGUCGCCGGUCGCAAACCGGUGAGCAGUAAUCGGCGCUCCAAAUCACUAGAUAUCGAUAAGAAAGCGAAACCUAAGCCUAAGGCUAAGCCCAAGUCUGUCUCUCUCAAGAAUCAGAUUCGAUCUCUCGAACGUAUGCUCCGAAAGGAUCUUCCACCUGAAGUUAGAGAGGCUCAAGAAAAGAAAUUAGAAGGGAUCAAGAACCAACAGGAGAUUCACAAUCGGCUUGCUGUGGAACGUAAAGUAUUCUUGCGUGACAGAAAGAUAAAAUUUUUUGAGAGAAGAAAGAUUGAACGAAGAAUUAGACGGUUGGAGAAAAUGCAACGGGCUUCGUCUGGUCAGUCCCAAGAGGCAGAGAUUGCUGAGCAGCUUUCUAAAUUGAAAGAAGAUCUUGAAUAUGUUAGGUUCUUUCCCAAGACAGAGAAAUAUGUAUCUUUGUUCAUGGGAGGUGAUGACACAGACAUAGUUGAUAGAAGAAAUAGAUUACGCAAGCAGAUAAAAGCAAACAUAAUUGCUGCUGCAGCAAGUGGGAAGGAUCUGGAAGAGACAGGAAGUGAGGAUGAUGGGCUUUUGGAUCUGAGCGAGGAUGAUUUCUUCUUAACUGGAAGCUCUAGUGAUGAAGCUGAUGCAGAUGAUGAAUGGACAGAUAAAAGUGCCAGGGAGCAAGCUUCCAGUGCUUCUGGUAAAGCAGCAUCUGGCAUGUCCAGUGAUGAAAGGAAUCAGAGGCAGAUCUCUGCGCGAGCUCUAAUGCCUCCUCCUCGACCUUCAACAAAUUCGUUUUCAAAUUUGGCUCAUGCUAAAUCAAGGUUUGGAGGCUCAUCUAGCAAGAAACAAUCCUUACGGAGGGAUGCAGUGUGCACAUCCAGCAACACCUCAAAUAGCACGAGUGAAUCUUCUUUCAGAAACAGAGGAUCCUCAGAUUCACAGGUUGGGCACAGUAGUAACUUGAGCUCCAACUCCGAUGCUCGCAAACCCCGAAGGAAAAGGAGGCCUAAAAAGAAAAAGCAGCAGAGGACUAUGAUUGCAAUCUGACUGACUGAGAACGCAUAAGCUUUAUCAUUGGCAUCUCGGGGACAAAGGAAGCAAUCCCUAUUCAAAUUUCUACAGUUUCUGUAUAUAGAAAUCUUUGGUGACUCGAAUUGAACUGUCUCGAAUUGCUUGAAUUUGUGUUCACCGGUCGACCGGCUGGACAACCACCCGGACGAUCGGAUGAAACACUUGUCUACCACGGUUGUCACCUUGUCGACUACGGCUGUCAACUUUUUUGCCGGUGAAAUUCGAGCCAUUCGAGACAAGUUUAAAUUCGAGAUACGUAGCAUUGUUGUUCUUUAUAUCAUGAAGCCUAUCAAAAUUAGUAAACAAUGUCAGUGUUUAUAACUUUUUUA